AUGCUCAAUGGCCAUCAGUCAUUCUGCUGUUAUCUUGUACAUAUACUCAGCGGAAUGAAAGAGGAACAGGAGGCUAGCCGAUCACUUGCUGGUUUAAUAUUGAAGAAUAAUGUGCGGUCACAAUGGACUAAGUAUCCAGAUGAUGUUCGAGAAUUUGUAAAAACGAACACCUUAGCAAGCAUAGCAGAUCCUAGUGCGUUGAUUCGUGCAACUGUUGGAAUAAUAAUCACCACCAUAGUCGUCGAAGAAAACGGCGUAGGGCAUUGGCCGACUUUGCUACCUUACUUGGGACAUCUUUUAGAACAGCCAGAUCCAAAUAUGCAAGAGGGUUCUAUGGGUGCAAUACAGAAGAUUUUUGAAGAUUCCGGGGAUCGUUUAGAUACCGAGCAACAUGUGCAUCCGCUGAUGCCAAAGAUCUUGUCGUUCUUCAGUUCGGAAAGCGCAAAAAUGAGGUAUGGUUGGCAUAUUUUCUCACUGUAA